AUGUUGACGCUACGUACACGAAUGCAAUUCCGUCGUGGAUCCGGUGCACGUCGUAUGUUUUGUGAUGAGCAACGGCAAUCGCUGAUUUUUAACAUUGAAGACGAGGAGGAUUUCACGGAAAAGGGAUCCGGUGCACGUCGGAUGUUUUGUGAUGAGCAACGGCAAUCGCUGAUUUUUAACAUUGAAGGCGAGGAGGAUUUCACGGAAAAGGUUCUGCGUUCUUCGGUACCAGUUUUGGUGGAUUUUUACGCGGAUUGGUGCGGGCCCUGUAAAAUGCUGGGACCACGAAUUGAAGCGAAGGUUCUUGGUCGACAGGGAACUGUGAUGCUGGCAAAGGUCAACGUGGACUAUGCGGCCGAUCUAGCAAUGGAUUAUGAAGUAAAUGCUGUGCCCACUGUACUGGCUGUACGAGACGGUGAAGUUACGGGACGUUUCGAAGGCGUACAGAAUGACGAAGAACUCGAUCAGUUCAUUGAGGAUUUGUUGAAUUUGGGUAAAUUUUGGAACUGGAAAACUAGUGAAGCAGCUGCUGCUCAGUUGAAAAUUGACUCGUUUGAGGUGAUGCUGGCAAAGGUCAACGUGGACUAUGCGGCCGAUCUAGCAAUGGAUUAUGAAGUAAAUGCUGUUCCCACUGUACUGGCUGUACGAGACGGUGAAGUUACGGGACGUUUCGAAGGUGUACAGAAUGACGAAGAGCUCGAUCAGUUCAUUGAGGAUUUGGUUGGUUCAGAAGGCUAA